AUGGCGGAAAUAGAGGAUCGGACCGUGCUGCGAAAAGACCAGCUUGAGAUUAGCUUGGUCAAUGAAAAACUCCUGAUCAAACAAGGCACUAUCAAAGAUGACAACCCGCUAGACCUGAGUGAGCCCUUCCGGCAACUCUGCCGUGCUUGCCGCCAAGGCGAUUUGAAAGUUUGUCAGGAGAAGAUCACUGAGGGAGUCAAUGUUAAUGCCCGUGACGCGUACGAUUAUACUCCUUUGAUUCUGGCGAGUCUAUGCGGGCACUAUGAAGUGGCGCAAUUGCUGCUUGAAUCGGGUGCACUCUGCGAGCGAGAUACUUUCCAAGGCGAGAGAUGUCUGUAUAAUGCCCUCAAUGACCGUAUACGAAACCUCCUACUUGAAUACGACUAUUCCAAAUCAACCGAUCCGCUGCAACCUCUUGCUGCUCAUAUAUCUUCCCUCCUCACGCGACCGACCCCAGUGACCACAGACAUCGUCGUGACAGCUUCCGAUGAAUCGUUCCACCUACACAAGUUUAUCUUGGCUGCUCGGUCUCCAUACUUCCACGGAAAGCUCGCAGCCGCUCCGGAAACCACAAGCUGGAAGCUCCCAAGCAACAUUUCUCCCGACGCUUUCACUGCCGCCAUCCGAUACCUAUACUUGGGAGAGCCUCCUCGCGAGCUUAGGAGUGGACCUGGUACUGGCUUCACCGAGUCAGAGGUAUUUGGGGCGAUCGAUAAGAUCUCCAAGCAUCUGGAAAUUCAAAGUCUGAUGGACAGUAUUUUGGACAGUGGAGAUAGAAGAAUGGCCAGACAGCGAAGGACUAUAGAACUUGCGAAGGGCCGAGAUCAACUGGAAGAUUGGUUCCGCGCCAACGUUCUCGGCAACAAGAUGGUCAUUGAGACAUCUCAAUCCAGUGAGAUCAAGUGGGAUCGGAAAAACCCAAUCUUUGCAGAUGUUCUGCUGCAAGCAGAUGAGCUUCCCGAUGAAGUUGAAGAGGGCCAAUAUCCGAAGUCAACAUUGUUCCCAUGUCACCGCGCAAUGCUCCUCCGUUCCGAGUUCUUCCAAGCCAUGUUCUCCUCCGCGUUCCGCGAAGCCCAGGUCACAGACCAUUUGCAUAUUAUUGACGUCGACUGCGCACCGGAUGUGCUGGAAAUCAUACUCACGUUCCUAUAUACCGAGCGUGCUGAUUUCCCCUUAGAAGUAGCAGUUGACGUUCUCUUUGCGGCCGACAUGCUUUUCAUUGAAAAAUUGAAGACAAAAGCCGCCGUUGUAAUUAGUACAUUGGGCAGUGGUGACAUGUCUCAAGCCGAAGCUGCGAAAACUCGGGGCAAGGAUGAUGAUAUUGACAUCUAUGCUAUCAUGCGCGCUGCCUGGUUGACUCGUGUCCAGCGCCUUGAGGAGUUCGCUGGCCGAUUCCUUGCAUAUCGAUUGGAAUCCCACAUCGACACACCCGAGUUUGCGGAACUGAUCGUGGAGUCAGCAUCGCGUAUUAAGGCACGUCAGGAAACCGAUUCGAUUGAACUGCUGGAUGAUAUUCGGUUCUAUCUCAACGAGCGGUUCCGGUUGAGAUUUAACGAUGCCGGCCUUGACGAGAUGAUGGAUGAGCAGCCGAAACCUGAUGGUGAUGCAGAGCAAUCGGAGAUUGAUAAGAUUGCAAACGGCGUUGAAGUACUCGACAUGUCAAAAACCAACGGCCGCAGUGAGGAAGAAAGCAAGCAGACCCCCGAAAAUAUUCGCGAGAUUCGCACCCUAGACGGAGUUAUGGUUGAAGACGAAUUCGACGAAGAUGCGAUGAACUAUGAGAUCUUGAUGGAGAAGCUAGAUGCUCUUCUAGAGAGACUGAAUCUCGACGCUUAA